CAAAAAAAAAAAAAAAAAGUUAGGAAACACUAUUUUGAAAACUUAGUACUUCUCUAAUGGGAAAGAUUUAAUGUUGGAAUGUGUUGGAGCAUACCAUUGCAUUUGAUAUAAAUAUUUUUAUAAGCAAUGUAGAAGAGCUUGUACCCCAGGUUGGUGAGUGACAGCUAUCAUGGGGAGCUACUUUUAUGGAAAUAGCCUAAGGAAGGCCUUGAAAAGUUGUAUGUGAGGGCAGAAGGCAUCAGCUGAGCUUCCUUGAAGGAAAAUGCAAGAAUCCAUUUAGGGACAAAUUUCAAUUCCUAGAUGCAGAGUAGUCAGUGAUGAUCCAGAAAAGGGCCUUGUAGACCACUCUGUACCAACUUUAGCACAAUGUGUCCAUGAUCAGAAAGGCCAACAAAAUACUUGGCAUUGUCAAGAUAUUGAAAGGAGAAGGGAAAAUGGUCUCUUUCCUUUCUGCAAACCCAUGGUUAUUCUUCCAUUAGAAUACAAGAGGCAUGCUGGUUGCAGCACAGAGAAGAUAUAGCAAAACUCAGAAAGAUCCAGAGAAAGUCUGCCUUAGUGAUGAUGGAAGGGAAAGAGACUUGUGAUAUUCUGUAAGGAAGAAUAAAAAGAAGGAGGCUCUUUCAUUAUGGGGGUGCUAGAAAAGUUAACCAUUUUUGACUAAAGUUGAUUUUGAUGAAAAUUUAUAAGUAAUCAUAUAAGAUAUUUGUAGAGGAGAAAACAACAUAGUUCACUAGUCUCUAUUACUACACUUAACCUCAAAGCCAAAUCCCCACUCCUCAGCAGAAACUGGAGGAGGCGAGCCUAAGACAAAAGGAAGUUUUUGCUUUACGUAAUGAAAAAUUAACUUUGGUAAUUUCUUUAUUUACAGCCAGUAUCUCUUAGAAUGAAGUUCAUAAAUAAUGUUAUGGAUGAGAGAUCACAUAAUUUGUUGUUAAUGGAAGCUAGGCAUGUUCUGGGAACAAGCCUAAAUUUUCACAAACUUUAUGUUACAAACUUUGUAAUAAGAGCAUGGUUAUGUCCUUCCACAAAACACACCUUCCUUGACUGAAGCAAAAUAAAGGAUUAUACGCUUAUAUAAUGAAGUUCUUGAAUAUUCUAUGCCGAAUACUCUAUAGGUCCUAGGGACCCUGAAAGCUCACUUUUAAUUUUGAUUUUCUGCAAUGACUGUGACUGUAUCAUCAAAACACAGGAGCACAACAAAGCAAAUUAUGGAAGCACCAUCUGGGCUCCAGAGAGAGAGUACUUACUUUUCAAAAAAAGAUUUUAAUAAACCUUGUAUUGCAUCUUAGUAUAGAAGAGUUAUCUUCCCUUUUAACUUCUGAUUUCCACCAAUUCCUAUUUCUGCAUUCACAUUAGCCCAGUUCCCUAUAUUGUUUGAGAUUUCUCUGAGGGCCAGAAGUAUGGAUUUCAUGAUGCGAAUCCUACUUCCCACAUUGUAGCCUCGUAAAGAUUCCAAAGACAUAUCACUGUGUCUUACUUCUCUGCAUUUCUUGAUAACUCCUAGGUCUGUUAUGAUGACUGAGUUUCCCUUUACUAGGGAGAAGUGGAUACCAAAAAAUGUGGCUCUGCUUUGAUCUCCAGUCUUGCCGCAGGCUUAAAACCCAGAUAUCAUUUUGCUGCUUUGGAAAAGACCUAUUAUGAGAGGCUUCCAUAUCGUAUCUUUAUGCAUUCAGUAUUGUUCCCAUGAAACUAAUGGAUGCAGCAGAACUGGUAAAACAGCCUCCAGAUGUCACUGAAAACCCUUACAGAAAAUCUGGGAAAGAAGCAUCUAUAGGAAAGCAAAUUCCUGCCCCUGAGGAAGAAUCAGCCUGUCAAUUUUUCUUUGAUUUAAAUGAAAAGCAGGGAAGGAAGCGUUCAUCUACAGGCAGAGAUACUAAGUCUUCUCCUCACCUGAAGCAGCCUCGCAAACCUCCUCAGCCUCCAGGACCCUGCUGGUUUUGCCUUGCCAGCCCUGAAGUGGAAAAGCAUUUGGUGGUCAACAUUGGCACACAUUGCUACCUUGCCCUGGCCAAAGGAGGCCUGUCUGAUGACCAUGUCCUCAUUCUGCCCAUUGGACACUACCAGUCAGUGGUGGAGCUUUCAGCAGAGGUGGUGGAAGAGGUGGAGAAGUAUAAGGCUACACUGAGACGGUUCUUCAAGAGUCGAGGCAAACGGUGUGUUCUAUUUGAGAGAAAUUAUAAGAGCCAUCACCUCCAGCUGCAGGUCAUUCCUGUGCCACUUAGCCGCUGCGCUACUGAUGACAUUAAAGAUGCCUUCAUUACUCAGGCACAGGAGCAGCAGAUAGAGCUGUUGGAAAUCCCAGAGCACUCUGAUAUCAAGCAGAUUGCACAGCCAGGAGCAGCAUAUUUUUAUGUUGAACUUGACACAGGAGAGAAACUUUUCCACAGAAUUAAAAAGAAUUUUCCUUUGCAAUUUGGAAGAGAGGUCCUGGCCAGUGAAGCCAUCCUUAAUAUUCCUGACAAGUCUGACUGGAGGCAGUGUCAGAUCAGCAAGGAAGAGGAAGAGACCCUGGCUCGCCGCUUCCGGAAAGACUUUGAGCCUUUUGAUUUCACUCUGGAUGACUGAGCAAAGGGAAAAGCACUUU